AUGUUGUUCGGCCUCGGAUUCCGGUGCUACUUCUCCACGGGACGACAGAUAUUCGAAUUCGUCGUGACCAUGGCCUCGCUGAUCGACCUCGUUAUGAACCUCAGUGGUGCCUGUUCGGGCCAUGACAUCGUCGUCCUCACCCUGGUUCGGUCCCUGCGAGUGGUGCGAGUCAUUCGGCUGGCGACGCAUAUUCCGGGUUUCGACCAAAUCUUGGCGGCGUGCACGUACCCCGCGCGAGUGCUGCUCAACGUUUUCGUGCUGCUGGGAAUCGGAGUGUACGUCUUCGCCAACAUUGGGGUGGCUCUGUUCUCGGACGUCGAGAUAGAGAAAACGACAAUGAACCUGUAUCAGGACUUCUCGUCAGUUUCGCAUGCUAUGGAGCUGCUGUUCAUUGUGGCUACGGGAGAGGCGUGGGCGGAGUACGCUUCGAAAGUGGCCGAGAGAGCGGAUCAGCCAGACGCUGUGGUCUUCGGGUUCUUCGUCACUUUUGUCGUCAUCAUGCAGUUCAUCCUGACUAACCUUUUCAUCAUGGUGAUUGUCGAAACGUUCGAGACUCUGAACGCGAUGGAAAGGCAGGACCUUGAGGACGCGAUACCGUGUUUCCAGGAGACAUGGACAACAUUUGACCCGAAAGGCAGCGGGAAACUCCCACCUAAGCACCUCUUCACGAUCUUAGCGGGGCUCGGCGCGGCCCUGCUCUCCGACGAGAACCACGCGCACGCAAAGACCGGCGGCUACCGGCCGGUCAACCUGAAGAAGAUUAUGGCCACCCUCGUGGUGCAGAGGGCCCUCAAGCGCAACAUGAUGCAGAAACGAGGGAAGUUCAGCCUCGCCGACAUUGUUCUCGCGGCUGAGGACCGGGCGGGGACCCGUCGCGCGUCGAGAACCAAUCAACAACUGCCCGAUAGUGACGGAAUACACAACUACCUAGGUGACGCCCGGCGAUUGUCGUCAACGGCGCAAUUGUCAACCACGGGACAGGGAGGUCUCGAAGGGUACCAGAAGCAGGGGGCGUUGGCAAGGGGGAGAGCCGGGUCGAUCGUCCUCCCGCCGGAUGCACACGAAAGCAAGUGGCUCAUGCAGCGGUUCUUGACGGACUUGCAGCGGAACAACGACAGAAAUGGGCAGGAAGAUUUCACGCCGAGGAAUCGUAGAGGUUCUUCGUCUGUUGCCGGUGCCGUUCAAGAUAACAGUGAUGAAGCACGAGCGACUGCUGCUAGAGGGAUGGCUCUGCACCUGCUUGGCUCGCGCCGUGGAAGCGGGUCUUCAGAGGCUAAAACGGAGAUUGGAUCUCCCGCCGCAAGAGACCCGCAAACAAAACCGGGCGGUUUCGAUGCCGACGGCCACUGUCUGGAAGAUGGAAUUCGCAUUGUGGGACGGGGAACCGGCGGGUUGGAAGAGGAAGAGAAUCCGGGAAAUUUGGAUGGGGUUCCGGAGACUUCGCUGGUGUCGUGGCUGAGAGACCGUAGGAGCGUAGACCUAUAA